AAGGCUAUGUUCUACGGCGGCCUCGGAUAUCAGUUCACCCGCCAGCUGGUCAAGGCGGUGGAUGCGAGCGGCAUCAAGGUGGACGUGAACGGAAGCAUCGUGCACUCCUUGCUUUCGGCCGAGACCAGCGGGGAGUUCGAGGAGCGGGUGCGAUGCCGAGCACACAUUGCCAGCCGUGACCAGAACGAUGGAACCUUCAGCGACAGUGAAAGCGGCCCAUUUCCUGAGGUUCCGGCCAUCGAGGUCGCCCACGCGGCAUGGCUCGCUUCGCGCGAGCCCCGAGACCUCCGGCUGUCCCGGCGGUGGAGCGAGGCGCAGCUCUUCUUCAUCACCGCCUGCUACGCCAUGUGCGCGCACGACUGGCACGGCAAGUUCCACGCUGGACAGUGCAACAAGGCCGUCCAGAACUUCGCCCCGUUCGCCGAGGCGUUCAACUGCUCGCUCGGGGCGCGCAUGAACCCCGAGAACAAGUGCACCUUCUUCGACUGAGUCGCCGCCACCCACGCAUACGUGCGCCAUCUCUUAGCUCGACGUUGCUGACCGUUUGCGUAGGGUGGCUCGCACACGUCUCGAGAUGGGGAAGACGCUUGACCCCGCAGCAAGCAACCGACUUUCGGAAGCUUGUUCUGUACGCUAGUGCGGAGCGAGUGCAGCCUUUUCGAUCUUUGUUCGUGCAUUUCUUGCAGAUUGACGUUAGUAUAGGCACCGUCGUGCCAGCAAGCGCAUAUGUUUCAAGUGUCUAUGUAAUUAAUAUUUUAUAUUGCGUCAUUUAGAAGGCGCUUUAUGACGCGGGUAAAAACGACA